UAGUAGUGGACCCAAGACUGUUCCUUGAGGUACACCUGAGUUUACUGUUAUUGGUGUUGAUUUAGAGCCAUUUAAUAUUACAGUUUGUUCUCUCCCUAUCAGAAAAUCUUUAAUCCACUGAUGCAAUGAACUUUAAUGCCGAAAUAUUUUAAUUUUUUAAGCAAACUAUGGUGGUGAACUUUGUCAAAAGCCUUGGAAAAAUCUAAGAUUUGAAUAAGAAAAUAGACAAUGCCACCAAAACGUAAGGCAGCUGGAGCUUCUGUAAAAGCUUCUAAAUCUAAAAAGGUAAAAACUGAACCAGAAACUCCUACAAUAAAGGAUCAUAUUGCUGCUCUAAAAUCAGAAGAUAAAGGUGUUAAGAGGAAACAUAUGGCAGAUCAACUUUUUCCUCAAGCCCGACUUGCACAGGUCUUUGAAGACUAUGAUGCUAUGCUGAAUCAGACCAACAUUCAGCAGAAUAACAACAAGUUUUAUAUCAUACAAGUUCUCACUUUAAAUGGCCUUUACUAUGUUUGGAACAGAUGGGGUAGAGUGGGAGAAUCAGGACAGAAUGCUUGUAAAAACUUUGCAUCAUCUGAUGCAGCAGUCAAAGAUUUUGAGAAAAAGUUUCAUGACAAAACUAAAAACCGUUGGUGUGAACGUCAAAACUUUAAGCCAGUCCCAGGGAAGUAUACCUUACUAGAAAUGGCUGGUAAUGACGAGGAUAUAGAUCAGGUGGAUUCCAAGAUAGACACAUCUGACAAUAAAAUAACAGAAGCUUGCACUCUAGAUAAAAGCACACAAAGUUUGAUUAAGCUUAUUUUUGAUAAUGACAUGUUUAAGGCAGCUUUAAAAAAUCUGGACAUUGACACUAACAAAAUGCCUCUUGGGAAAUUGAGUAAAACACAAAUAGCUAAAGGAUUUGAAGCCUUGGAAGCACUGGAAGAAGCAAUCAACAAGAAACUAUCCAAGGAUAAGAUAAAACAGUUGACAUCAACCUUCUACACCAUAAUACCUCAUACUUUUGGGAGAUCAGUGCCACCUGUUAUUGAUUCUAUAGAAAUGGUUCAGAAAAAAUAUGACAUGUUGGCAGUCUUGGGAGACAUUGAAAUGGCUCAAUGCAUUCAAAAAGAUAAAGAAAGCAGUGCAUCAAACAUUAAAACUGGUACAGCACCUCACCCACUUGAUGUCAACUAUGGAGUACUUAACUGCAAGUUAAAACCACUGCCAAAGAGUUCUGACACGUAUAAGGUACUAGAGAAAUAUUUUCAGGCUACUAAAGGUAUUAGUUCACAAAAGUUGACACUCUCAAAUAUUUGGGAAGUUGAUAGAGAAGGGGAGGGUAAAAGAUUUGCCAACAACGACAAAAUUGAUUAUAGAAAGCUUCUAUGGCAUGGCACCAAUGUAGCUGUAGUAGCAGCUAUUCUUAAGACAGGCCUUCGUAUAAUGCCUCACAGUGGUGGACGUGUAGGCAGAGGAAUUUAUUUUGCUUCAGAAUAUAACAAAUCAGCAGGAUAUGUAUGUCCUGCCCAAGGUCAGGGUAUUCUAUUUCUAAAUGAAGUAGCUUUAGGAAAACAACACAAGAUCUUAAUGGAUGAUUGCAGUUUGACUACAGCUCCUAAAGGCUCUGAUAGUGUGUUGGCAUGUGGUCAACAAGAACCAGAUGCUAAGGAUGAUACAGUAAUUAAACUUGAUGGUAACAAUGUGAUUGUACCACAAGGCAAACCUAAGAAUAUUCCUGCCCAUUCCAGCAGCAGCUUUUGGCAAUCAGAAUAUUUGAUAUACAGAGAAGAUCAAGCACGAAUUAGAUAUUUACUUCUAUUUAACAUGUAAACACAUUCCAUGGAAAUUCUAUCAUAAUUUUGAAUUCUUUUUAUUUGAUUGUUUUAAUACUGUUCUAUCCUUUUUUUUUUCUAUUGUGUGUCAAUGUAUUAGAAUUACUGGGGCAUUAUAGAAUAAUAUCUAAAAUAAAUAAAUAUGAUGCUUUUCAGUUAAUUGAAUAAUAUCUCCUUUCUUAAUACAAUAUAUUUGACAGUUUCCUGGUUGUUGUUUUUUUUUUAAAUAAAAAUAUACACUGCCAUUAUUAUAAAAAGUGGCAUGAUGCAUGCUUAUAUAUUUAAAAAAUGACAAUUUAUUUUAAUUUUUCAACUGUGAUAUUUUUAUGGUUUCAAAUUUCUUAAUUAUAAUCAAAGUAAUUGGCCCAUAUUUACUCCUAUUGUGAUAGAAUGUAGUGUUUAUUGUAGGCUACAGUAGUUGUAUAGGAGAGUUCUUUUUGUCUCCUUUAGAAUGAUAAUAUAAACUAACAUAAUUUUUUUCUUUGAGUAAAAACCAGAUGUGUAUAGUACUUGUUUUUUUUAAACAUCUGUAAGAUCAUCCAGAGUAUUAUGAAGCUUUUUUUUCCUAUAUAUAUAGUAUUGAAAGUAUAUAUUUUUUAAAACUAGAUAUAUUAAAUUCUUUUUUUAAAUUGUUUUUUCUUUGGUAUUAUAAUUUUUGUUUGUUGAAUUUUUUUAUAAGAGUUAUUUCUUUGUUUUGUAGUUAGACAAGACUUUUUUAAAACCAAAAACUACAACUUUUUGGCUAAUGACUAUGAAUGUCAUUGUCAUGUUCAGUGCUCUAGUAUAGACAAACCUAUGUUUUCCAUAAAGAGAAAGUAAAUAAGACAUUUAGGAUCUUAGGGCUUUUAUGGUCAGUAGAUAAAAGAAAAGCACUUUUAAAAAUAUCAGAAUUAUCAUGCUUGCAUCAGAUGUGUUCUAGAACUAGUCAAACUAACAACUUAAUCAUGUAACUUAUUAAGAUUUAUAAUAGAAUAAUAAAUGAAUAUACAUGUUGUGUAUAUUUCAACAUAAGGUUAAUGAAAUUACAUUUAACAUUACCAUUUAUUAUUUGUCUAAACAUUCCAAAAAAACUUUCAAAUAAUUGAAUGUUUGUGAAAUUUCAUUUGUAAAUGUUUUUUUGUUUCUUUCAAUAUUUAAAACGAAUAAUUUAAGUAAAUUAAAAGUUUUAUACCUUUACUAUACUGGUA